AGGCACGUAAAAUAUGUCACUUCAAUUAUAUAAGCCGGCAUUCAUCCCAACAACACACCAACCACGCUUCGGAAUAUUCGAAAAGCUUCACAACAAUCAACCUUGUGAUGGAUCCACCACGAAGUCGUCCUCGCACAAAAUUACGUGGUGGAUGCGGAGAAAGUAUUAUUUCAAAAGAUGGUUUAGAACCCCCCUUGGCCUUCGUGGAAGCAUCACCCGUCUUCGUAUUUAUCAGCAUCCGUACUUAACGCUCCUUCGACUUUUCAUACCAUUUCCAUCGUGGAACUUCCCUGUACCCGAACCCGUUGCCCCUUCAGUCAUCGCGCAGAACGAGAAAUUAUACUACACUCGCAAUAAACAUCUAACCAAUUUGCGCAGUAUCCCCGUCUGGCAUGCACGCGAUACACCCCCCGAUCUAUUUAUCGAAUGUGCGAAGUCAUGAUGAUGGGGGAUUAUGGACCAUUGGGCAGCGAAACUGAAUAUUUUUGGCGAAAUUGGGAGAAAAAAUGGACUCUCUGCUUGAUACCAGACCCAAAAUAUCCCGAUCCGAUCCGCCACGCAAUCCUCGCAUGCAUAGUGGAAGAAUUGGUUACUGCUUUCAACUGGAGAUUAGCCUUAGGAAUGCGUCGAAAUGGGCAAAACAUUCGACGACAAAAAGAAGGCGACCCAUGGCCACCAUAUACGCCUGUUGUCGGACCUGACUGGACUCAGUUUGUGCCUCCUAUUGAGCCAGACAUGCUAAAGGAUUUACCGCCUGAACUAGUGAAUGAGAGGGGAAAGUUGGUUCUCGAAGAACGUGGGUGCAACGAAGUCUUUUCUAAACGGAAUAUCAUCACGAAUGUGGGCUGGUUUUACACAGUGUAAUGGUUUGUUUAAAGGAGCUCAAGUCACAGACACCAUGGUCACGGAUGGUGAAUUAUGUAAGGUGCUUGAAGAAGAAUUUGAUAUGAUGAGUUUUGGAGAAGAUUAAUCGGAUAAUGAUUUAGUUAUUAUAAGACAAUG